UCAGUUAUUUUCACCUGAUACAAUCAACAAGUAUUGUUAAUUGAUCUUCGUUAUCUCUCUACUGCCUUGUGUUAAUGUCUGACAGUCAUUAGAACUAACAGUUGUGUAAAUGUUUAAGAGACGAAACAAACUAAACAUGAAUGAAACAUAAAAUAGUUGGUGAAAAUAACACCGAGAGUAAACACUGCAAGGCUCCCCUGACAGGUUGGGUGUUGAGUGGAGCGUGAGAAAAUGAAUAAUGAUAAUAAAGUUGAGAAACUUCCUCACCACAAGCAGAUGGAGUUCUGUCUCACAAGAGCAAAGUACCGGCAAGGGAAGAAGUUAACGGCUGUCAAGGUUUACACCGUGAAUGAUGAGUCUAAAUACCUUAUCAUCAACGGUGUUCCGGCGAUCAAACUGGUGACGGAGCUAGAGAGAGUGUGCCUCAAGUAUGGGGAUAUUGAACUUUUGAAACUGUUACCUGAUUAUCCAUGUGAAGAUUACUCUGAGGUGUACUUACUCAAGUAUCACAACAUCAAGAGUGCGAGGUUUGCCAAGAUUCAGUUGGACGGCAAGUCAUUUUACGGCGGAGUGUUACACGUGUGUUACGCUCCGGAGCUGGAGUCAGUGGAGGACACAAGGGAGAAACUCCACGACAGAAGGAAGACUAUUGCAGCUCUCACCAGGUACAGGCGUGACCCAUCUCUUGUGAACCCAUCAAAGAAAAAUAAAAAUAAAAUUUUAAAUCCAGUAGCAGAACGUUAUUUAGAACAUUUGAAACCAGAACUAAAGAAUGUUAACUCAGACAAGCUACAUAGUCGAGUAGCAGUAGAAGGUCCUUCAAGAGUGAAUGUUACAACUCCCACAUUCCCACAUGAUGAUGAUAAUAUAUUUAAGAGAAAUUGUGUAAGUAGUUCAUUAAGUGAUGAGGGAGAAGUAAAAGGUGAGGCUGCUUCUACUAGUAAGAGUGUCUCCUCACGUACUCCAGUGGCAAGUAAGUCCUUACAAGAGCUUCAAAAUAUAUUUAUUCCUCCUCAAGUUAAAAGAAAAACAAAUUUUUGUGGUCCUUCAACAACCACUGUGAAAAAAAUAAGAGUAUUUGGUAAUAAAAAUAUUUUAUCAUAUAAAUCCAAUAAUAAAUGAUGAUGGGAAGAACUUGUCUGUAUAUAAUGUUGAAUAUAGUGAGCUACUGUAUUAAUGUUUACUCCCAGUUCACAGUGUUCAAGACUAAUUCAGUUCCAAGUCUGUUUCAUGUUACAUUUUUUUUUAUGAUAAAAAUUUUGUGAUAUCAAGUACUGUAUCCUGAUGGUCUCAGUGAACUAUAAAAGUUAAUGGUUCUUAAAUAAUACAUUUGAUAAAUUAA